AUGAGACCUACACAAGCGCUCUCGGUCGGUCGAUACCGCCACCUCAGACUCACCACCAAGGAUGUUGGAAAGGGUUUCUACAAGGGUAACCGCACUGGUUCCAUGGGUCGACACACAAAGCACGGAGGUUACGUGAUCGAAUGGAACAAGGUCCGAACAUAUGCUGUUCCACCUCUGAAGGACUUCAAGCUUACACCCUUCGUGAGCCGAGAAGUCAAGACACAAUCAGGAGACUACAAGGGCCUUGAGAAGGGUCCCCAAGAUCCUUACUUCUACGUCGAGCAGUGGAAGCGAUUUAACGGUGUUGACUAA